AUGUUUCACGAACAGGCCGACUCGGCCAUCGUGUCUACAACCCCUAGUACUACCACAGAGGCAGAGCCUCAACCUCAACCUCGUACAAAGCUGCCCUUGAGCAAACGGAUCCUUGGAAUAGUCUGGGACUCCCUCGAUAAAACACCCGAGGAACGCGCUCUCCUUGCAAAGCUUGAUUGGUGGAUUCUCAGUUAUAUUUGCGUCGCUUACUUCGUCAAGUAUCUUGACCAGACGAAUGUUUCCAAUGCCUACGUUUCCGGAAUGAAAGAGGAUCUGGGCAUGAAAGGAAAUGACUUGAACUACCUUACGACUUACUGGACCAUCGGCUACAUCAUUGGCCAAUUUCCCUCUCAGAUGGUCAUGACCAAGGUGCCGCCUUCUAUCUGGCUUCCUACUUGCGAGAUUCUCUGGUCCGUCUUCACCAUCGGCAUAGCAGGCUCUAAAAAUGUAGAGACGAUUUAUGCUCUUCGAUUCUUCGUUGGUCUCUUUGAAGCUUCUGCAUAUUGCGGUAUCAUGACCAUCCUUGGAUCCUGGUAUACUCCAGCUGAGCUCGGCAAGAGAUCGUGUAUAUUCCAAGCAUCAUCCAGCGCAGCGCAGAUGUUCUCUGGUUAUUUGCAAGCAGCUCUGUACGCCGGUAUGGAUGGACGCGGAGGUCUCGCGGCAUGGCAAUGGCUCUUCAUCUUUGACGGUAUCAUCGGGAUUCCCAUUUCCAUCUACGGCUUCUUUGCCAUUCCCGACAGCCCAACAACUUGCAAAAACAGAUGGCUCAAGCCUGCCGAGAAGAAGAUGGCGAUUGCGCGUAUGGAAGCCAUCGGACGUAAGCCAGCAAGCAAGGUCACACUUCAGACAUUCAAAGACAUCUUCACCGCCUGGCCCGUGUAUCUUUUCUCCAUUGCAUUCAUCGCCCACGUCCUCGGCAUCAAGAUCUAUUCCUACUUUAAUGUCUGGCUCAAAUCCACCAAGCGUUGGUCCACUGAGGAGGUCAACUUGAUCCCCACCGCCGGCUAUGGCCUACAAAUCUUCUUUACCUUAUCCUAUGCCUGGGCCUCUGACGCACUGCGCGUUCGCUCCCCGAUCAUUGUCUUUGCCUGCGUCAUCGCGCUCAUCGGCUGUAUCAUUCUCUCCGUCUGGCCAUCUCACAAUAUUCCUGCCAUGAUGGCUGGUUGGUUCCUCACCUUUUGCGAGACGGGAGCUGGCGCACUAUUCAUCACGUGGAUCAACGAGGUCCUCGGCUUCAGCCAGGAACAUCGAAUCAUCGUCAUCGCUGUGGUUGAGACGAUGGCCUUUACUUUCCAGGCGUGGGUUCCUCUACUGGCGUAUAAUACAAGUCAAGUCCCGCACUUCAAGGUGGGAUACCAGCUUGCGGCAAUGUUCUUUGCGAUAGAAAUUGUGUUGGUAGGGGUCAUGAUAUAUGCACAGAGAGCGGGGUGGCGUAAAGGAGAUCAAAAUAUGGUUCUUAAGAAGGCGGAUCACGAGUCUUAUGUUUCCGCAAUUGUUAGACAUAACUCAUCGAUCGAGGAU